GUGACGGUGAGCUUCGCAUUCCAGAAGUGACGGUGGAAGUGAACGGUUGUGAAGUCUCGUGUGGGAGUGACUGGCUUGAACUGAGUUGAUCGUUUAGUGAAGUGGUGAAGAUAGAAAGAGUCUCUGGACACAUUACCAGCGGGACAGCAAGUGAAAAAAGGAAGAAGUGUCUCGCCAUGGGGAAGAACAACAUGAUAUCAACAGUGACGGUGGUGGUGGUGGUGGUUCUUGCGGGCGUGACCAGAGCCAUGCCCAUAGACCCAGAGCCCCGCCAGUUCGUGUACCAGCCCGGCUCGCCCUCCGUCAGGCUCUACCCCGUCCACUUCGAGAACUACCUCAAGUCGUCCUCGGGUCGAUUCCAUAUGACCGGCGGACAGGGCUUUCUCUUGAACAUGCUUCCAUCCGAGAUUGAGAAAGACCAACCAUCAACGGACGAAGCCAAACCAGCACCACCGCCAACCCCCACCACUACUACUACUACAACUACCUCUACUACUACUACUACUGCCACUUCUACUGCAACCUCUACCUCCACUAUGAGCUCGGAGCAUCCAGCGAUCCACAUGACAACAAUGGAGCCAAUGGUGAUGGUGGAAAUGACGCAACGGCCUGAGAUGAAGGGGGAGGAGGAGGAUGUGAGUUCGGCUUCGCUUCGUACCGAGUCACCGAAUGAACAUGACGCAGAGGUGGGACUGGAUGCUGCGAGUGACGGCAACGAAGGGACGGAAAUGACACCGACAAUGGUUAGGGAGGAGGAAGACAUGGAAGCCGCCACUGAGACACCAAAUGCAAUGGCCGAAGAGGAGACGUUGACCCUGCUGGAGGACGCGAUGGACAUUGCGACAGAAGAGAUGUCAGCGGCCGCAGUAGCGACAGCGGAAGAAGAGGCGCCAGUGACGGAGAUGAUGCCCGCAGAGGAGACAGCGACGGAGGUUCCAAGUCUUCGGGAGCCAGCGACCGACCUGAUUUGAAACCUUAUUAGUCAAGAAUGAAUGUAAAUAAACUGCCCUGAAGCCCUGUGCCUCAACCAACACACACACACACACACACACACACAUAUAGAUAGAUAGAUAAACAGUUUACGAAUCACAGAAGAAAGAAAAGGUAUCUACACACACACACACACACACGUAGAUAGAUAGAGAUAGAUAGAUAGAUAGACAGUUUACUAAUCACAGAAGAGAAGGUAAACACACACACACACACACACACGUACACACACACAUACACACACACACACACAUACAGAUGCAGCAGUGCCAAAGGAUCAUUACAGUGUGUGUGUGUGUGUGUGUGUGUGUGUGUGUGAACCUAUGAUAUUAUUACUGUACUUAUCAUUAUCAAACUGUACUCUCUUUCAUGUAAUUUUCUUUGUUUUUUUUUAUAUAUAUACUGCUAUGAAUAACUUCCUUUGUGUAUGCCUAUGUUAUUUUCCCUUCUUUCUCUCUUUCUUCAUUAUCUUCCCAUCUUAUUUUUUAUUUAAUUUUCUUUUUUUUCUUUUUUACGGCAAUGAACAACGUCUUCCAUACACUCACAUUAUUUUCCUACUUUUAUACAAUCAUUUUUAUUCUAAUUAUUUACUUUUUCGUGUCGCUAAGUCGUCUAUUCAAUUAUAAUGUAAAAAUGUCAAAGCGCGCACUUCAGACGGUUCCUCUAUUCCAGUGCUGCCAACAAGUCACUUUGAAAUACAUGUCUGUCUUUGAA